UCAUUAUGAAUGCAUGCACUUAAUUUCAGUGUGAUUCCGGACGGUUGUAUACAAAUAUCCGCAUUAUUAUUUGUACACAAACGUUCAAAGUGAGUAAUGAAACUACUCUGGCUGAUACUAUUUGCUAAAAGUGCACAUUUUGUUUCCGGACAGUGCACAAACAGGACAUAUGGCCCAGACUGCUCCAAAAACUGCGGGUUCUGUAAAAACAGCGCCCCCUGUGACGUGGUGACGGGGAUGUGCCAGGGCUGUUCGGCCGGGUACGAGGGGAUUCUGUGUCUUUCAGGAUGUUCCCAGGGAUCUUAUGGAGAAGACUGCCUCCUACGCUGUACGCAGUGUGUAAACAACAGCUGCGACCCAAUGAAUGGUGCAUGUUUAAACGGAACAGUGCAGACCACGGAAACAACACAGUCCGCUACCGUAACAUCCACAGUCAUGUCUCAACCCACCACCACCACUCCACAAAAGGGAUUAGUAUUUGACAGCCCAGCUGUUUUAUUUGGACUAUCUGUUCCUAUGUUGGUGUUGAUUGGAGCUGGGGCGUUAAUAUUUUUUAUCAUCAUCGCUUUGAUAUGUCAUACCUUAUUAAAUAGAUUAUGCCCUAGGAAGAAACAAGUUGAGCCAACAUACCAUGCUACACGGAGACGGUCUACAAGAAGUAUGUCGUUUGUUUACAAGAAAUGGUCUUCCAAGCCAACCUAACGAAUAGAGCGACUUCUUUUGCCACGAGUUGUGGAUUAUCAUCCCAUGAUUUCAUCAACUUAUUCUGUGUAUAACCCUAGACACAGAAAAGGCAAUUCAGUUUUAAAGAUAUGGAUAUGCUGUUUCUUGGUUGCAUCCGAGGAUUUCUGUUGUGCUCAUUCAAAGAUUUUGGGAAAAUGUUUAAGGAAGAGUUCUUUGAUCUACAUAUAUAGAACAUUAUGUACAUG